GUCCAUCAGGGGCCCGCCUCCGCAAUUGAGCCAACCAGGGCUGGCGGGAGGGCGCUUCCUUCUGGAGCUGGGUCCUUACCAGGAGCUGCAGCCUGGGUGAAGUGCGGACUCGGUGGCUGCAGCUGCGGAGCUGUGCGCAGGCGCAGAACUGACCGGAUCGAGCGGGCGACUGUGGCCUCGCAAGCUGUUGAGAAGCGGGCGAGGGUCCGAGGUUUAAAAAUAUCCUUUUUUGCUGAGGGAACACAAUUGCUGGUAUAGUGUCAGAAUGUCAAGUACUGUGUCCUACUGGAUCUUAAAUUCUACAAGGAGCAGCAUUGCCACAUUGCAAAGGGGCAGACGCUUAUACUCCAGGUGCGUCUCACAUAGGAAUAAAUUUAAAUGGAGGCUCUUUUCCCGGGUGCCACCCACCCUAAACAGUUCCCCAUGUGGUGGCUUCACUCUCUGCAAAGUCUACAGACACACAUCAACAGAGGAAGAUGAUUUUCACUUGCAACUCAGCCCUGAGCAAAUAAAUGAAGUGCUUCGAGCUGGUGAGUCAGCCCACAGGAUUCUUGACCUUGAAAGCAGAGUUCCAAAUUCAGUGUUGCAGUUUGAGAGCAACCAGCUGGCUGCAAAUUCCCCAGUGGAGGACCGGCGAGGUGUAGCCUCCUGCCUGCAAACCAGUGGACUGAUGUUUGGCAUCUUUGAUGGACAUGGCGGUCAUGCAUGUGCCCAGGCAGUGAGCGAGAGGCUCUUCUACUAUGUGGCAGUGUCCCUGAUGUCCCACCAGACCCUGGAGCACAUGGAGGGAGCUGUGGAAAGCAUGAAGCCCUUGCUGCCCAUCCUGCAUUGGCUCAAACACCCAGGGGACAGUAUCUACAAGGAUGUCACAUCCGUGCAUCUUGACCACCUCCGUGUCUAUUGGCAGGAAUUGCUCGACUUGCACAUGGAAAUGGGACUAAGCAUUGAGGAAGCAUUAAUGUACUCCUUCCAGAGAUUAGAUUCUGACAUCUCACUGGAAAUCCAGGCCCCCCUGGAAGAUGAGGUGACAAGGAACCUGUCACUCCAGGUUGCUUUCUCCGGGGCAACAGCUUGCAUGGCUCAUGUUGAUGGAAUUCACUUGCACGUGGCAAAUGCUGGUGACUGCCGAGCCAUCCUUGGUGUCCAGGAGGACAAUGGCAUGUGGUCUUGUCUGCCCCUUACCCGUGACCACAAUGCCUGGAACCAGGCUGAGCUAUCCCGGCUAAAGAGGGAGCACCCUGAAUCAGAGGACAGGACGAUCAUCAUGGAGGACAGGCUGCUGGGUGUCCUCAUGCCCUGCAGGGCAUUUGGGGAUGUCCAGCUGAAGUGGAGUAAAGAGCUGCAGCACAGCGUUCUGGAAAGGGGCUUUAACACCGAGGCCCUCAACAUUUACCAGUUCACGCCCUCACACUACUAUACUCCACCCUACCUUACUGCUGAGCCUGAGGUCACAUACCACAGGCUGAGGCCCCAGGAUAAGUUCCUUGUGCUGGCGUCAGAUGGCCUGUGGGACAUGCUGAGCAAUGAGGACGUGGUGAGGCUGGUGGUGGGGCACCUGGCUGAGGCAGAUCGGCACAAGACAGACCUGGCCCAGAGACCUGCCAACUUGAGGCUCAUGCAGAGCCUGCUGCUGCAGAGGAAAGCCAGUGGGCUCCAUGAGGCUGACCAAAAUGCAGCCACGCGGCUGAUCAGACAUGCCAUCGGGAGCAAUGAGUAUGGGGAGAUGGAGCCAGAGCGGCUGGCGGCAAUGCUGACAUUGCCAGAGGACUUGGCAAGGAUGUACAGGGAUGAUAUCACUGUCACUGUGGUAUAUUUUAACUCAGAAUCAAUUGGUGCAUAUUACAAGGGGGGUUAAGAAUCUCCCAUCCUGUUGUCAAGGUUAACAUAAAUGCUCUUCUAAAAUGUUUUCACUUACUCUUGAACUAGCUAUCCAAACUUUACUAUUUAAAAUUGUAGGCAGAUUUAAUUUGCUAAAUAGACUAACAGGAGGAAAAAAACAAACAGCCUACCUUUAAAAAAACAGUGAAAUAGAAGCAAUUUCAUGUCCCUGUAUGUUUUGAUCAAGUCUUAUAUGCAGAGAGGACAGAGCAUAAAAUCUGUGGAAAUUGGCUUGGGCUCAUGUAGCCCAAGUCUUUUGAUGAAGAUGUUAAACUGUGUCAGCCUGAGCCUUCAAAGGGUAAAUUUAAUCAUGAUUAUGAGAAUAAAGAAAUUCAGGAUCUUCUGAGGUCUUGCCACAAAA